CAAUGUGUAUUUUCGGUUGGCUUUCAGUUGCCAUAUUUUAAUUAAACUGUGUCUCAGUAAAACACCCAAAAAACAAGUAGCUUUUAAAACUGCAUCAGAAAAUUUUGGUGAAUUUCUAAUAGGCAAAUAUGUUUGCUUGCCCCGUGCAGCAGGAAAACGCAGUUCAGCGAGGGAAAAUACAGCUUGACAUUGACAUUGGAAGCCUUGCAAAAAGAGAGAGCGCCCGAGUGUCCUGAGCUUUGCAAGCUCUCUCUAUCGCUGGGCUAUAAAAGGGCACAUCCUGGCGAUGGCGAGGCUGCAUUUGCCAACGAAUCGCAGGAGGGACAGGACUUAGUCGCGCUGAAAGUCAAACGGCACGUGUGUUAGCUUCGGUUUUUUGUUGUGUGUCCCGAAUACAUCCAUCCGGUUUUCAUAUUGGCUAACAUGCCUGGCCUGCAGGAGGAGCACUAUCCGAUGCGUAGAAUCGUUAGCCAUCAGCUAGUUAGCCAUCAUGUUCUGGACGGCGGUAGCCUCCUCCACGCUCUCGUCGAACAGCGCCGAGAGCUCGGCGGGAUUGGCCAGUGCGGCGCCCAGCUACCAGCAGCAGCACACGAAGCCAUCGCCGCUGAGAGCCUCAGCCAGCAGCUGGCAGCUUAGCAAUGCAGCAUUCAAAUCGCGCCUGCAACAGCAACAGCUACUGCAGCAGCACCAGCAACAGAUACAGCAACAACACGAGCAGCAGCAGCAACAGCAACAGCAAUUCGACGUAUUAGCCCAACAGGAAGUGCACACAAAGCAGACAAAUAAUGGGCAAAAGACUAAAUUACAGACAGCGAACAUCAAAAAGAAAAUCAGUCCAAAGAGUGAAAGUAGAAUAUUCAAAGCUUUCACCUCCUGCAAGUGCACCCAAAAGUAGGGGAAUAUCAUCGAGUGCAAGUGUACAAAUGACAAAUGACAAAACAAUAAUAAUACGAAACGAAAUAUUUUUUGAUGCAUUUUCAAGGUAGAAAGUAUGAAACAACAAAGAAAAACUAAUGGUACAUCAAUAAAAAGUAAAAACAAUUAAGUUCCUGUGACAAAAUCACAUUAAAUACUUUUAAUGUCUGCAAAUUUUGAGGAAUAAUACACUUAUUUUAUGGUAAGCUUUGAGUGCUUUUAAGUAAAAAUAAAACAUUGUUUUUAAAUGAACAAUCAAUUAAUUUUAGUAAGACUGUUUUGUCUAACUAUUUAUUUUGUAAAUUGUAAUAAACUUUAUUUUUAAGAAAACCACCCAAAGUUUUUAUAAAGUUAUUAACAUAUUUAUUUUGUACCCACAAUUUCUUGUUUUAUUUCCUUACAUACUUUCAAUCAGUAGAUUCAUUAUCAUAUCUGAACGGAUGCAGACCUUCAGCCAAACUUAUUUGUCUGCUAUUCGCCACAUUUCAUUUGGCAUCCAUCAAAGUUGUACUUUAAUUAGCACAUGAUUUGACAUGCUGAAGGUUAAUUUGCAUGAUUGAAGUUAGGCAGGAAAGCUUUUGGCCGCCGGUGCCAAGGACGAUGCCCAUCAAUCAAAAAAGGUUGGUUUCCCACAAAAGUAUUCUAAUUAUUUGUCAACUCACAAGUUAAGUGUGCAAAAACUGGGCAACUCCAACUACUAAUCUACACGUUUAUUAAAUUUUCAUAAUGAUUUCUGAUGGAAAAGUCAUUUUUUUAUUCUCCUACCCUACAAAAAUACAUGGUUAUUUAAGGUCGGUUUUUGUUAAUGUUCUUUUAUCUAUUUUAAACGUCUUUCAUCAAAUCGAUUUUUUUGCCGUUAUGUUUUUUACAUACAUAAAGUACUUCUAGUAAAACUUUUCUUGUCAACAUAAUUGAUUCAUUGGAAAUUGCAUGGGUUCUUUAAAUGUCUAUUUUACUGACCAUUUUGAAAACUUCUAAGAAAAGUAGCUUUUUUCUCAAACUUUUUUGUCUCUUUAAAUUCUUUUUUAUUUUAUUAAAACUGCCAUAUAGAUCAUCUUUUCUAAACUAGCAUAUUUAGGUAUUUUGCAAAUUGAAAUGCAAUUUUGAACAGUAAUUGCUAAAGUAGAUGUAAUUACAAAAGGCCAUAGUGUGUCGUUCAAAUAAAUAAAAAGGUAAAAAUGUGUUGAAACCAAAAUCGAAGCCAAAAGAAACUUUGACAAGGCCAGGCUGUUCCUGUUAUUCAAAUAAAGUCUAUUAACCGCAGAGCUCUCUCACCACAAAUUCUAGAAAUACUUCGACUCUUUUGCUUGCGAAUAUGAAUUUGCUCACUUGACCAUAUGGCUGGGAAAUUCUCAGCACGUUUGCACUGCCAUUAAAAUGGGGGAACCAAUUAUUGUGCUGGACGAAGUCCGCUUAUGGCAAUUAGCAAAGGGGCAGUUGCGGUGUGCAACUGUGCGGCCAGAAGUAGAGACCUCCAGUCGUUCUGCCCAUCGAAGGUGACACACAAACGCGCAAUAAAUGUUUAUUGCCCGGCAUAAAAACGGAAAGCCAGGACAAUGUCCUAGGGACACUGACAAUGAGCCAAAGGAGCAGAAGGAAGUGGGCCACAAAGCGAGCCAAACAAGGCCACAAAUUGCUUAUCGAUUUGCAGAUUUGCCUUCGACACUUUUUAUGAUUUCCAUCCAAAUGCUUGGCCUCUAUUCGCUGACGCAGUUCUGAAAAUUGAUUGAACAGACAAUGCCGGAAUGCACGCGGCCCUUGAAACUUUGGGAAAAUUCCGUUAAAAAAUAAUUUUGAAGUGCAUAUAAUUUUUAUAAGCAUUCCCGGUAUUUUUGUUAUUUAUUAAACAUUUCGUGAAACUCUUUAAAUAAUGAUUUCACCAUCAUUUGCAUUUUUAAUGAAAACGAAUUCAUUAGUCCAGGCGAUUGCAUAAAACAUAAGCCAGUUGCUUUUUCUGUUCCUGUCAUGGCAAGGAAAACUUUUAAUUUCAUUUGGGAAUUGCAUGUGUUAAGCGAAAGGCUUCGACAUGUAUGUUAUAAAUAAAGAGGCACGCACGAAUAUUUAUUUUAUUUCCGACAAAAUGGUGAUUUCGAGACGAUCCCCAGGGCAAACACCGACACACAUUCAAAUGUGCAACAGGCCGUUUAAAAAUGUAUGGGUACACAAAAUGGCAAUUUAAAUAAAUAAAUCUGGGGAAAGAUGCUAAUGUCUCGUGAUGAUGCGCUUAUCAAAUUACAAAAAACGACUAAAAACAUGAAGGGAUUGGCCAAUUUACUCUGCAAUAAAUCUAUUGAAUAUACUAGUCAACAGCAAAAUAAUAAAAAGUAUUUUAGUCGCUUUGUCAAAUUCUAAAGUAAUUCUAAAAAUCAAUUUUUUAAUUACAAAGUGCAAGAAAAGUUUCUAUAUAAAAAGCCCACGUUUAGUUUAUAAAUAGCUCUCAAAUAUCAUUUACACUUAAACGUCAAAAACCAUCCCCCUGAUAAUAAUGUGAUAAUAAUUAUCACUUUGCUCACAAUUCCCACAUUUGACACUCAAUGGCAAAUAAGUAGUUGCAAAAGUUAUCCAAUUACCGCAAGCUAACAAAAACUAAAAAAUAACAAAGGGAAAAUUACUGCGUUUGCUGAAUUUACCUCAGCAAAUAGAAUUAAGCGAUAACAUUUGUAAGACUAAUUAGGGCGUUGUAUGUGUCGACGGUUGAUGGCUGUAAAUGUGGUUAAACGAGAGUUAAGCCUGUAUAAUACUGACAGACGUCGGACGGUUAAUUUAUUGGUGUGAACAAAUAAACAACAGAAAUCUGUCAUUGUCUGCUUUUCUCUUUUAAAAGACACACAACUGGCUCAUCAACAAUUCUCAUGAAUUUCAACGAAUAGUCAACUGAAUUUCCAGGACUUGUAAACAAUUACCGAAACGAAUUCGCGCACAUUCUGUACAUUUUUUAUUCUUAACACAACUUCCCUGGUAUACAAGAAACAAUUGCCAUAAAUAUGAAUUUAUGCCAGGGCGACAAUGACAGCCUGCAAAGGAAUUUUUAUUUUCAAUUUACACAUUUGCUUCGAUGGCGAAAAGUGUGAAAAAUAAAGACGGCCGUAGAAAGUAGGCAAUGUUUUAGCAUGCCAUAUGCAAAAAAGGGGAACUCCCUUCUAUAAUUGCUGGCGGGGCACAGCUGAAUUUGCAGACAGCUUAGGGCAUUUGCAUAAUUGCAGACGAAAAGGGGAAGCAAAUGUAAGGGAAGUAAAUGACAAACAUACACAAAAAAGUGAAUAAUAAACAGAAAACAAAAUAAGCGUAAGGAAUGCCUGAAACGUGUUUCUCGCUGCCCAAUGGCAUGGAAGACAAUAGAAUCCAAGGUGGAAAAUAACCGAAACCUUUGAAGCCUUCAGGUGUAUUGCAACACCAUGACAAGCAGAAGAAAAAAAAGUAUAGAAGGUCACUUGAGAGCUCAUUUUUUAGCUGGAUUUGUAUUUGU